UACUUAACCGGAGAGGGGCACCGGACGGAAAAAGUGUGACCGGCGAACAAUCAGAAGAAGGUGCGUGAAAAUUUUCCUCAAGAUUUGAAUUUUUUGAAUCCGGAUCAGAGAACACGAGAGAGAGCGAGCGUGGAUUAGCGGCGUGAUCUUGUUUGAUUCGAAAAGUCAGUUGAUUGGAUGUGCCGCAACCGGCAGAGUUGUUAAUUCGGCAGUUGGCGUAGUUGCGCGUAUCCUAUGUCAACAUGACGUCCAAGUUGAACGGCGUCGACGAGGCAAUUGGCAUGACACCGAAAGUGGUGGGUCCCCGAGUGGGAUGCUGUUUUAGGAUAGUUAAAUUCAUUAACGUCUACUGGCGGGCGUUGGUAGUAUUUUUGGCUCCCUUCGUGGCGGCGGGAGUUUUCACGAUAGACACAACACCUGCCUACCGAUGUAUGUACGUAGUGCUGAUCAUGACGAUGUACUGGGUUACGGAGGCGAUCCCUCUGCCGGUGACAUCGAUGCUGCCGAUGGUGCUGUUCCCCAUUCUGGGAGUGCUGGAUACCGACCGGACCUGUAUGAUGUACAUGCGGGAGACCAUGCUGAUGUUCAUUGGCGGUAUCAUCAUUGCCCUGGCCGUGGAGUAUUGUAAUCUGCACAAACGGGUGGCACUGAAGGUUAUUUCGCUGAUUGGAUGCAGUCAGCGGAGGUUGAACUUCGGUUUGAUUACGGUGACAAUGUUCGUGUCCAUGUGGAUUUCGAACACGGCAGCCGUUGCGAUGAUGUGUCCAAUCAUGCAGGCCGUGUUGGAGGAACUGGAAUCGCAAGGAUUAUGCCAAAUGUAUGAACGACCAAAGAAGACCAGCGAAGAGGAAGGCAUGCUUGGCAACGAAAAGCAAUCUGAUGAACCCCUUAAGCCAUCGAAAACGACCAUCUGUUACUUCGUUGGAGCCGCCUACGCCUCCACUCUGGGUGGCUGCGGAACCAUCGUCGGAUCGGGCACUAAUCUCACCUUCAAGGGUAUCUACGAGGGCCGGUUCCCCAAUGCACCCGGAAUCGAUUUCCCCAAGUUCAUGUUCUACAACGUUCCCGGAAUGUUGAUCUACACCUUCCUGACGUGGGCCUACCUGCAGUGGCUGUACAUGGGCAUGUUCAGACCAAACAGCCCCGAAGCCAAGGCCGCCGAGAUCGGAAAGGAGGGUGAAGCCGUCGCCCGCCGUGUCAUCGAGACCCGCUACAAGGAACUGGGACCCAUGUCCUCGCACGAGAAGAGCGUUGCCUUCCUGUUCGUGGUUGCCGUUGCGUUGUUCUUCAUGCGUGAACCGGGAUUCAUCACCGGUUGGGCUGACUUGCUGCCGGGGGUUAAGAUCAAGGACGCCACUCCAGCGAUGUUUAUUGUGAUUGUUUUGUUCAUGAUUCCCGCCAACUGGAGGUGCCUGAAAUAUUUCCGACGAAACCCCGGUCGCCUUCCCGACGAAGCCACCCCAGGACUGAUCACCUGGAAGUACAUCAACCAGAAGGUUCCAUGGAGUCUCAUUUUCCUGCUGGGAGGCGGUUUUGCUCUGGCAGAAGGCGGAAAGGUUUCCGGAAUGUCGGCUCUGUUGGGUCAAUCGCUGUCCGGUCUCAAAACGUUGCCUCCGCUGUUGUUGCUGUUUGUUGUGUGCCUUACUGCUCAAACGCUGACUGAGUUCACGUCCAACGUUGCCAUCUGUAACAUCAUGCUACCCGUACUGGCUGAAAUGGCAAUAGCCAUCGAAAUCCACCCGCUGUAUCUCAUGCUCCCGGCGGCGUUGUCGUGCAGUUUUGCCUUCCACAUGCCGGUAGGAACGCCACCGAAUGCCAUCGUGGCCGGUGUGGGAAAUAUUGCCAUCAAGGAUAUGGCAGUGGCCGGUAUUGGACCAUCGAUAUUCACCCUGUUGGUGGUUUGGGCCAGUUUCCCGACGUGGGGAGCCAUCGUGUACCCGGAGCUUGCCACCUUCCCCGAUUGGGCUCGACCGAUGAAUGUCACGGCGAACUGAGCGGCGACGUGAAAAGCAUACGUACAUAGGAUAUAGAUGUUAAUCAAGUUAGGGAUCAAAAUUAGGAAAAAUAUAUAGGUUGCAGUGCAAUUCAUGAAAAUCAACAGAGUUGGAACCAAAAAGUGUGCCAAAAAGUCAAUUCUAGGAAACGUACUGAUAAAAGUGUACGUGAAAAGUUGGAAUAAUUUAUUGAGGAAAAACUUCGAACAAAGAGGAAGAUUUUAAAUUAUCGCCUCGAGAACUAACUAGGUAUAGCGUUUCUGAUCAUAAUAGAAAUGUAGCUUAGCAAAAUAUCUGUGACGUAGGAAGCUAUAUAUCUAGAUGAUAUAAAAAAGGCAAUCAAAGUCGAACAUAGAGCGAGCUUUAUUGACUUUCAGAAGUGCAUUCAAAUAAUAUUGAAAUACAUUCAACUACAAAUUUAUGGUUGUUUCAAAAAGAAAUACAGUUAUAGGCAACUAUUAGCAUUUUAAGCCUACAUUCACCAAGUGGCCUUGGAGUUUUAUCAGUGAUUCAUAAACAAACUUAACAAACAGCUCUUUGCCGGGAGCUAAAUGAAAAGAUUUUUGAUAUUUUUCUACACCAUAUUUUUCAUAACCUUCUUGACUCAAGAGAUAGCGUACAAUAGAAACGAUCGAACAGUCUUCCGUUAAAACAAAAAGUACUCAUUUUAGUUUUGAUUAAAGUUUAACUAGUGACAACAUCAUUGUAACAGCGUCAUGCAACUGUGAAGAAACCAGAACAAGCUUUGUGAAUAGCACGUAUUGUUGACCAAUGAUUACUUAAAACUUAACGUACAUAAAUAGCGUUAGUUGAUGAUUGAAACUUUGAGUUGUAACAAUUCUUAAUAGAUUUAUAAUAAAAGAAAUGUAUAAUGAAACA